AAUGCUAAUCAAUUGUUUUUUCCAGGCGACUCUACCAAGGGUGCUAAGCUCUUCGAGACCCGUUGCAAGCAGUGCCACACUGUCGAGAACGGCGGCGGCCACAAGGUCGGCCCCAACCUCCACGGUCUCUUCGGCCGUAAGACUGGUCAGGCUGAGGGCUACGCCUACACCGAUGCCAACAAGCAGGCCGACGUCACCUGGGACGAGAACUCUCUGUUCAAGUACCUCGAGAACCCCAAGAAGUUCAUCCCCGGUACCAAGAUGGCUUUCGGUGGUCUCAAGAAGACCAAGGAGAGGAACGAUCUCAUCACCUACCUCAAGGAGAGCACUGCUUAAAUCGUUCGCGAUUAGACGAGAUAAACCGCCCCCUGGGGAUCGCCGGGCCUCUGGCUAG